AUGAUGGUGAAAAUGAAAGGCUUUUGGUUUGGAAUUGGAGUAGGAGUCUUGUCGGCCGUUGUUGUGUUCGUUAUUGGGCUUAGAGGAGGAGCUAUGAAGAGCUCGACAAUCUUCUUCUCUGGUGGUGUUCCUCCUCCUUCUCUACGUGUCACCGAACGAGGAGGUUCAAUGGCGACGUCCUCUAGUGGGCCUAAGUGGGCUCAGAAAACCAUCACGCUUCCACCGCAACGCCGUGGAUGUCAUCUUAUCACUCCCAAGAUUUUGAAGGAAAUUGGACAAGACUUGUCGGGUUUCAACUGUGGUCUUGCUCAUGUCUUCUUGCAACACACAAGUGCUUCUCUUACAAUCAAUGAGAACUAUGAUCCUGAUGUUCAGGCUGAUACUGAGACUUUCCUGAACAGGGUUGUUCCUGAGGGGAGUUCAGCUCCUUGGAGGCAUACCAUGGAAGGUCCAGAUGACAUGCCAGCUCAUAUCAAAUCAUCAAUGUUUGGAUGUCAACUCACAAUCCCAAUAACAAAAGGCAAACUUAACAUGGGAACUUGGCAGGGAAUAUGGCUAUGUGAACACCGUGAUGAUCCAACAGCACGCAGAGUUGUGGUCACACUCAAUGGAAUCUAGAUCUCUCUCUCUCUCUCUCUUCAUGUUUUAUUACCUCGUGUGGAAUUUACGAUCUUUUAAUGGAAAAUUACUUAUUAUUAUAGUAAUAUUUUUCUGUGUGAAACAGUGAUGCUAGUAAUGUACCAAUUGUGGUGUUUAUUGCAUCAGCAAUUCCA